UAUAAUAUUGGAAGUGGGGCCGUGAUUUUUAAUAAGGCGGUGGACUAGUGAAAGAACAAUUGGCCGAAUUAACCCAAAGUUCAAAAUAUUACCGUUGUUUCAACAGACAUCCUCAGGCGCGGGAAUCGAGAAGUUCUAUCAAAUCCAAUUUAAUAAGCCCGCUAAAUUCCACGCGAAACCCAAUGCCCCUGUCCGUACUUUCUCUCUCUUCGAAACGGGUGGUCUAGAGAGCGAAAUACUCUGAUUUUAAAAACACAGAAGCAAGCACAAAAAAAUUGUAAAAAAAGUAAGAGAGAGAGACAAAAGGUUGUUCCUGAUGGUUUCAUCUGGCAAGGCGCUUGGGCCUUUGAAUUCUAGAUAGAGAAACCUCUCCACGGUGAGAAACUACAGUGGAUACUGCAUGCCAGUCACUGAUGAUAAAGUUAGAGUGAGAGAGAAAGUUCUGUAAUGAUGGAGGAGUUGUAGAGUGAGAAAGCUUGGCUAGCGGAGAGAAUUGACUGUUUAGAGAGAGUGAGAGAGAGAGAAGGAUUGAGGAGUACUUAGUUCGCGAUCUUUUGCUGAGGCCUUCUUCAUUGUCGAUGGGAUUCGUCUCUGCAAUUUCUCUUCUUGUGCUCGCUUUCUUUGCAGAGUCUUCAGUAGCAAGCAUUAUAGGAAUAUGCUAUGGACGCAAUGGAGACGACCUCCCAACACCUGAUAAAGCAGUUCAAUUGAUUCAAGGACACUCCAUUAAAUACGUUAGAAUCUAUGACUCCAAUAUCCAGGUCCUCAAGGCCUUUGCCAACACGGGCAUUGAGCUCAUGAUAGGAAUCCCAAAUGCCGACUUACUUGCCUUCUCUCAAUACCAAUCAAAUGCUGAUACUUGGGUAAAGAACAACAUCCUGCCUUACUACCCUUCCACAAAGAUCACCUACAUAACAGUAGGUGCAGAGGUCACUGAGAGCCCUGUAAAUGUCUCUUCCCUUGUGGUACCAGCCAUGACAAAUGUUCAUAAUGCUCUUAGGAAAGCAGGCCUUAAUAAAAGGAUCAAAAUCUCAACAACCCAUUCUCUCGGAGUUCUGUCCCGUUCCUUUCCCCCUUCUGCUGGUGCCUUUGAUCCCAAAUUUGCCUCCUUUAUAAAACCCUUGUUAGAAUUCCUUGUCGAAAACCAGUCCCCAUUCAUGGUUGACUUAUACCCCUACUAUGCGUACAAGGACUCCCCCACCAAUGUCACUUUAGACUAUGCUCUAUUCAAUUCUACCUCUUCAGCUGUCAUAGACCAGAAUACUGGAUUAAUAUACACCAACAUGUUUGAUGCUCAAAUUGAUGCUCUCUAUUUUGCACUAACCGCUGUAAAUUUCAACACUAUACGUGUAAUGGUUACUGAAUCAGGGUGGCCAAAUAAGGGUUCUUCAAAAGAAACAGCUGCCACCCCAGAUAACGCCCAGACAUAUAAUACAAAUCUUAUACGCCAUGUGAUCAAUGAUACAGGCACGCCACUAAAGCCUGGGGAAGAGAUAGAUGUGUAUAUUUUUUCUCUCUUCAAUGAAAAUAGAAAGCCUGGUUUGGACUCUGAGAGGAAUUGGGGGGUGUUCUAUCCUGGCCAGACCAGUGUCUAUAAUCUUGAUUUUUCGGGGAGAGAGGGUGGUUUGGUGGUGAAUGUGAGUGCUGGUGGUGGGAAUGGCUCGUGGUGCAUUGCUUCGCCAAAUGCUUCAGAGAGAGAUUUGAAGAAUGCAUUGGAUUGGGCUUGUGGGUCGGGCAAUGUGGAUUGCUCGGCAAUUCAGCCGAGUCAAGCUUGUUUCCAACCUGAUACAUUGGCAUCUCAUGCUUCCUAUGCGUUCAAUAGUUAUUACCAGCAAAAUGGGGCAUCAACCAUUGCUUGUGAUUUUGGUGGUACCGGGAUGAUAACAACUAAGAACCCAAGUUAUGAUAACUGCCUCUAUCAGUCGACAGGUGGUUACCCUGCCAGUAAUUCGACAGCAGCGACUCAAAGCUCUUCAGCUAUAUCCUAUGCUCCCACGCCUUUUGGAAUUUGGGCACUAAUUCUGGUUUGUUUCCAUAUAUUUAACAUGGGAUAGCCCAAAAAAUUUGGCAUUUCUAUGGUGGCAACGACUCUCUCUCUCUCUCUCUCUCUCUCUCUCUCUCUUGUUGUACGUGUGCAGGAAAUAGAUGGAAAAGUAUCCUCAGAAGAAAGUAGUCUUGCAACCCACAUAAUGGUCACAAAUGGGCUAGGGUGUGUGUUAGACUUGUGUAUUUUUGCUUGGUAUGUCUAUUUCCUGGAUUUUGGUAUGUAUUAUAUCCUCUUGUUCCAAAUGGUUAGAAAAUUUGUUCCUUUUGUUUCCUACAUGGAACUCAUAAAAUUUUGA